AUGUUUCCAAUUCGUCGAUUUGGAACAUUUAUGUCAAGAAUAUCUUUGACUGUUCUUCUUCUGUCAGCAUCUUUAUUUUUUAUUUUUGGUUUUAAAAAAUAUCUUUCUCAAACUGAUAGUCAACAAUAUGUACCAGCUGGAAGAAACUUAAUUAAAAAACAUAUUCAUGAACAUCAUGAUCAUGAUCAUGAUCAACAUGAUGUUAUUCAACAAUCUCAAUCUAUUAUUCGUCAAGAAGUAGUUAAGUUAAAUAUUGAUCCAAUUGAAAGUAUUUCAACAUUAGAAAAACGUCGAUUACUUCAACAGAAUGAUUCAGCAGCAACAGAAACAACUAAAAUUGGAGAAAAGACAAUAGCAGUUUAUGUACAUUUCGAUUUAAAAGGAGCUGCACCAAAACUAUCUUAUUUUGAACAAUUAUUUCCAUUAAUACGUAAAUGGGGUGCAACAGGAGUAUGCAUGGAAUAUGAAGAUAUGUUUCCAUUUGAUGGAAUUGUCAGUAAUAUUACACAUAAACAAGCUUAUACAAAGAAUGAUAUUGAAAAUAUAAAUAAACUAGCAAAAGAAAAUCAUUUAGAAGUAAUGCCUCUGUUACAAACUUAUGGUCAUUUGGAAUUUUUAUUAAAAUUAGAAGAAUUUAUUGAUGUACGUGAAAAUCCUAGAUAUCCUCAAGUGAUAACUCCUUGUACAAAUAAAACCUAUCCAAUACUAUUUGCUAUGAUUGAUCAAUAUUUAAGUUUACAUCCAGAUAUUCGUUUAUUUCAUAUUGGUCAUGAUGAAGUUUAUUAUUUUUUAACACACCCAUCAUGUGCAGAAUUUCAACGUGUGACUGGCAUUCGAAGUCAAUAUGAUUUGUUUGCUUAUCAUCUUAGUAUAAUAGCUAAAUAUAUUCGAAAGAAAAAUCCUAAUAUACGUUUAUUUAUUUGGCAUGAUGUGCUACAAAAUUUAAAUAUGGAAAUGAUACAUAAAUAUAAGUUAAUAGAUUUAAUAAAUCCUGUUCUAUGGUCAUAUAGAGAAGAUAUGACUGUUGAAGGAUUUGCUAGUUCUUCACAAGCUGCUCUUUUUGGACAAUAUAAAAGUUUAUGGGGAGCAUCAGCAUAUAAAGGUUCAACAAAUGAAAUUGCAACUACUAGUGAUGUUAGACAUCAUUAUGAAAAUCAAGUCUCAUGGAUAAAACAAUUAAAGUUAUAUAUUCCAACAACAUGGGCAAAUUUUGAUGGAAUUAUGAUAACUGGUUGGUCACGUUAUGAUCAUUUUCUUUCAUUAUGUGAAUUAUUACCUUAUUCAAUUCCUUCACUGGCUUUUUCAUUAGCAGCUUGGAGAGAACCAUUUAAAAGUCUUCCAAAAAUGGAUAUCUAUGAAAAUAAAGAAUUACAAAAAUAUGUACAAAAUGAACUUCAAUGUUCAUCAGCUAUUCAUUUAACUGCUCAAGAACAUGCAAUUAAACAAGGACCAAAAUGUAAAUUUCCUGGUUCUAAAAUUUAUGAAGCAUUAAUGUCUUUACCAUCUCUAUGGGCUAAAGUUGACGAAGCAGAAUUUUUUGUUGAUAAAUAUGUAACUGAUCUUCAUAUUAAAUUCAAUUAUAUUCAUGUUAAACGUGGAGAAGAAUGUUUAGAUAAAUUAAACCCAGUUGUACCUUUAUUAAAACAAUUUAUCGAUUCAUUUAGAAAAUCUAUGGAUGAAGUAUUUCCACCACAAGUUGCUAUUGAAUGGUUAGAAACUUAUUUUAUGAAAUCUUAUCGUUCAGUCAUUCACAGAUAUGAAUUUAUUAAACGUGCUGUUAAAGAACAGAAAGCUUGGUUACCCAGACCGAUACCUGACAAUGACACACUGGAGAUGAAUACAAAAAAUAAAAGAUAG